CCGCUGACGGUUGGUCGCGCGCACGCGGCCUGGCAGCGCGGCUGCAGCCUGGUCUUUUCCUGACGGGACCUGUCCCGGAGCCCAGGCGGGCAGGGCUGACGGUCACCCGGGGUUGCUUUACUGUUUUGCUUUCUUUUCCUUCCUUCCUCCCUCCCUCAGUCCGUCCGCCGCCAUGAGCAAGAGGAAAGCGCCGCAGGAGACGCUGAACGAGGGGAUCACCGACUUCCUGAUCGAACUGGCUAACUUUGAGAGAAAUGUGAAUCGAGCAAUGCACAAGUACAAUGCAUACAGGAAAGCAGCUUCUGUUAUUGCGAAGUACCCAACAAAAAUCAAGAGUGGCGCAGAAGCCAAAAAGCUGGAAGGAGUCGGUGACAGGAUUGCGAAGAAGAUUGAUGAAUUUUUAGCAACAGGGAAGCUGCAAAAAUUGGAAAAGAUUCGUCAAGAUGAUACCAGUUCCUCUAUUAACUUUUUAACAAGAGUGACUGGAAUAGGACCUGCAGCAGCAAGAAAAUUUGUGGAGGAGGGAAUCAAAACCUUGGAUGAUCUGAGAGAAAAUGAACACAUACUGAAUUAUCAUCAGCGGAUUGGUUUGAAGUAUUUUGAGGAUUUUGAAAAGCGAAUUCCUCGUUGUGAAAUGGUAAAAAUGCAGGCUAUAGUUUUGCAAGAAGUGGAGAAGCUGGAUCCAAACUAUGUCGCCAUCAUUUGUGGCAGUUUCAGGCGAGGUGCUGAGUCGAGUGGUGAUAUGGAUAUUCUUUUGACUCAUCCAGACUACACUUCAGAAUCAUUAAAAAGGCCAAAGCUUCUCAAUCCAGUUGUGGAAUGCCUGGAGGCAAUAAAUUUUGUCACCAACACACUUUCCAAGGGAGAUGCCAAAUUCAUGGGUGUCUGCCAAUUGCCAGAUGAUAGUGAUGGUAGUGAUUAUCCAUUCAGGAGAAUUGACAUUAGGCUUAUUCCAAAAGAUCAGUAUUUCUGUGGCGUGCUUUAUUUCACUGGCAGUGAUCUUUUUAACAAGAACAUGAGGACCCAAGCACUAGAAAAAGGCUUCACUUUGAAUGAGUACACAAUUCGCCCAUUGGGAAGCACAGAAGUAUAUUCUUCUCAUCCUGCAACAAUUAAAAAGUUUUAUAAUUGACUGAACACCUCGCAGACAUGUUGUUAAUCAACAGCAUGGGCAAUGGCAUACUUGAACUUGCAUCAAGAAGGAAUGCAAAGCUUUUUAAUGUCUAUGUACUAGAUCAUUACCUUUCCCUUUGGAAGGAGCUAAUAUUGGGCUGUUGCAUGAGAAUUUAUCAGUUGUACCUUUCAUAAUAAACUUCAUGGAGCCAUAUGCUAACGAGUUGGAGGCUUCAGUAGAACAGAAAAAUUAGAGAUUUUACAGAUAAAACCUGUUUGCUGAUUAAGUUUUGAACUCUGAAAUAUCCUCAGUCCCCAGUGGAAAUGAUUCCUCUAUAUAAAUGUGUAGCAGGGUUCUAUCGAAGAAUAAUGUACUUGUUUCUCUGCAGGAAAGAUAUGAUGGAGACCUGGGACAAAUUCAUUUAGGAAUUGCAGAAUGAACUUGCUGAGCAUUGUUGCACAAGUAGUUAAAAUGGUAGUUUGCCAGUAAUUUGCUUACGGUUUGAAAGAUGGUCUUUUCCCCUGAAGGUAUUUAAAAGUGUUGCAGGUGUUAAAUAAUGUCAAAGCAUCAAAAAAGUUUUAAACUAAUUUCUGCCAUGUUUCAACAAAAUAUCAUAUAUUCUUGUACAAAGCUUCAGAAAUUUAAACCAACUUUGCAGGCAUCUCAUUAAAAAUAUCAGACCCUUUGAAUGGAA